UAAUGAUUGGGUGACUUUACUGAUAACGGUAAAUAUUAGACUUUGUUUUACACAUUGAACAUAAGUUCUGUGUUAAACAUAUUCAGAAUAGUUUAUUUAUGGGUUUACUAAUAUGUAUAUGAUAAAAAAAAAAUUUUUACAAGAAAAUUACAUUUCCAUUACCCUAUCGAAAACAGUGAUUCAUAUUAUUCGUAAAUAAUUUUUUCACGCGAGAUAGCGUUUGAAAAUAAACAUCUUUUUGAAAUUUAAACUUCAAGUGAUUAGAUGUGCUUGUUGAAAAAGAUAGAAUUUGUAAAAAAAAAAUUUGAGAUAUUGUUAUGUUUUUAGAAGCAACAUUAUCAUGUACUUGUCUUCUUUUAACUUGUGGUUCUUCCAUAUAUGUAUUGUACAAGUAUUCCUAUAAUGAAUAUUCGACGCUUACGACACCUUUUAUAUUUGCUUUUAUUGGAUUCACAACGUUAGGAAUUCGACCUUUAUAUAGUUUAAUAUAUAAAUUAUUUUUCAAAUCUUACACUCUAAAUUUAACAUUGAUAGAGACGGAAGAAAUGGAAAAUAAAAAGAAAAUUAAUAUUUUCGAUGAAUUUCUUAAAAACAUUAGUAAAAGUUCUUUAAUGUGUUCCCUUUUUUUUCAUCAUGGAGAUUAUCUUCUUGCAUGUAAUACAGCUAUUAGUUUUUUUUUGUGCAAUAUGCUACAUUUGAAGUAUUGGAUAUUGGAAAAUCAGAAUGAAAAUUCAAACAUUUCAUUGUCAUAUAAAAGAAGUAUAUUUAAUGCAGUAUCUGAAUUAUUUGUAUUCCUUGAACUAUUGACUACUGCUUUUGUUAUGUUGUUAAACGAUAAUAAUUAUGGUUUAUUAGCAAAUCUCUUCUAUGCAGUAACAACUAUUUUAUUUCCAAGUGAAGGAUUUUAUCAAGAAUGGACCAUAAAUGAUGCAAUUAAUAAUUAUUUAACAAUGGCUUAUGUUGUUUUAAUGACAGAAGCACUUAAAAAAAUAUAAUAAUAAGAUUCAAUAUAUAUUAAAAAUAUAUCUAAAUUGUUUAUUAUGAUUUAAUUUCAUAUAAGAAUUAAUUCAAUUCAGGAAUAUAUAGGAAAGUAUAGAUAUAAAUUAUUUUUUCAUAGAAAUAUCAAUUUUUUAAAUUUAUUUUCCAUAUGAAAUAUUGUCAUGCUUAAAAAUGUAUAAACAUAUAUAUAAUUGUACGCGUGCAUGCACGUGUAAUAUAUAUAAUUUAAAUGCUAAUUUUAUCACAUGUAAAAUGAAUAGUAGGGCA